AUGCAGCAGUUUCCUGAUGCGCAUAACUUGAUGAUCAAUGGAGGGAUUUUCAGUCAAACGCAGAACAAUUAUGGGACAGGGCGGGAUGCGGGUCUACACACAUUGAAGCAGCAUAUCGCCGCCGAUGCAAUAUAUGACUCUGCGGAGCGUUUCCCGCCAGCUCAAUGCCACCCCGGCACCCGUGAAAGGAUCAUCGAGACCAUUAUGGAGUGGAUUGACGCCCCGAAUCCUGAAAAGCAGGCUCUGUGGCUCUAUGGUCCUGCAGGUGCUGGUAAAUCCGCGAUCGGGCACUCAAUUGCUAUGAAGCUUCAGGAAUCAUUAGAGUGUCAAAGAUACGGCUCUAGUUUUUUCUUUGCGAAGGGAGCGCCUGGACGCGGAGAUGGAAACAAACUUUUUUCCACCAUUGCAUACGAGCUAGCUAUGAACUUCCCUGAAUACAGGGCCGUGCUUGACGCUGUCAUGCAGGAUAAUCCUACCCUACCCACCAAAUCCAUCAAUGUUCAAAUCCAAAAUCUUCUCAUCCGACCUCUGAGAAAACUGUCUAACUGGCCAUCCCACCAUCCAACAAUCAUUAUCGAUGGCCUGGACGAAUGUUCUGGAGAGAAGCGUAUGCAUGGGGCAAUCCUUUCAACCAUAUCCAACACUAUUAUUCAACAUCGCAUUCCACUACGGUUUCUCAUUAUCAGUCGUCCAGAGUACUGGAUUGCUGAUGCGUUUGAGAUUGGGUGUUUCAGCUCCGUGGUUAAACGUCUUUCCUUACGAGAUGACCAUGAUGCGGACGCUGGAAUCAGACACUACCUAUGCGAUGAGUUUAAUAGGAUUUACGAUGAGAACAUUGAUGUAAUGUGUUCUAUACCUCGCCCAUGGCCUCAAGAGCAAAUUAUCGAACGUUUUGUCGCUUGCGCCUCAGGGCAAUUUGUAUAUGCUUCCACGGUCAUAAAGUUCGUUGGCGACUCUCUGCAUUGCGAUCCCCUUGAACAGCUGCGCGUAUUAACCACAGAUGAAAGUUGUGAGGAAUCUUCUGCGUUCUCUGAGUUGGACCACCUAUAUGUUACCAUUUUGUCAACCUAUCCACGCUGGGGCAUGCUAAAACGCGUCCUGGGAGCCAUUGUACACAGGAGUGCCAUGUCGGAAGCCGUGAUGGAGCACAUUUUUGACGUUCCUCCUCCUGAGCUACGUCAAAUCUUGCGAUCAAUGCGACCCUUGAUUUAUAUAGCAGAUUUCAAAUGUCCCCCACUCUUGCAGAGGCUAGAGUCAACUUUUGGUCCCCCCGCGUACAAAGAAGAAUGGCUGUCGUUUCAUCACCUCUCGUUUAUAGAAUUCAUAACCGAUGAUUCUAGAUCCAGGCAAUAUUCGGACACCGCUCAUAUUGUGGUCCAAGAAUACCAAAAACUGCAUGGAGAACUUGACGUCUUAUUGCAAGCAGACACCCAUAUUCCCUACCCAAAUCAUACCUUACUUAUCCUCUCCAAGUACAGAGAUGACCUGAACCACCUUGGCGCUGCUACAGAAAAGAAGCGCAUUGAGCCGUCCAACUCCAACAGGGAACUUUUCAAAUCGCUUCUUGAUUUUUUAAACUUGGCAUUCAGCGCAUCUGCGCAACAAGUCCUCAAGACAACACCCGUGGAUGGGCCUAUUUUUGGAUGUCUAGUUACACAAGAUUGGUCCUCCUUUCCCUUAAGAAUGGACAUCGCGGAGUUAUGCGCAACAAAAAACAUCACUGACGAUGCCUUUGUAUCCGAGCUCGAAAAAAUCCACGGAGUUGUAACUAUUUUGUGGGGUAGCGAUAGCGGGCAGUUGAUCACUGUUCCGCACUUGUUCCAGCAGGAAAUAUAUGGCAAACCAAAUGAUUAUCUGAUUCCUGGUCAAGUUGAGGACUGGGAGGCUCAAAUCCUGGCCAAUGUGGCGUCGUCUUUUGUUGAAUUUGAAAGGAAGACAGUGAAGAUGGAUCCUUUUCGAUACAUUCAAAUGGAGCAUUUCUUGGCGAUUCCUCGACUAUCAGAUAUCCGCUCGCAACAAUGCCUACACAAUCCACAUAAAAUGGCCAUACUCAACAUUUUGAUUGGUCCACAUUUGCCUCAACCAGAAUACCAUAGAAACUUUGCAAUCCCUUCUUUAAACUGGUUUUCCAGACAUUUGAUAGGACCGAAUAGAUGCGUCAUUGAGGAAUUCGACAGCACACUUGCAGGAAAAAUAGAAGCGGCCGCAAAGGCCAGGUUCUCCGCUAUGCUAUUGCUAUACGUUCAAGCAUCCUCGCAUGACACUAAUAUCCCUAACUAUUGUUUUGCAUUCAAAGGCCUUCCUACGUUUCUUGCCAAUUCCGAUCAAACAUACCUCUGGACGGGCAACAAGAAAUGUCAGUGCAUGUCAGUGCAUGUAAGUAAGUAG